GGUGUUUUUCCACUCAGCAGGAUGGGUGAUGCUCAAAGCUCCCUCAUUAGACAACAGACACGAGAGGUCAGGAAGAAAGCGCUUAUAAAUUACAGUUUCCUCCCGCUCGGCGCUGCUAGUCGCGCCGCACCGCUCCGCCGGACGCGCCGCACGGCCGCAGGGGCGCAGCGGCGCGCAGGCACCGCGGCCAGCGGACGCAGGAAGAGAAAAUCCAUUCAGGAGAGACUCUUGUUCAUUGCCUCAUCCUAUGGAGGAAUCACCACUGCCCAUCUACAUUGAGGAGGGGACAGAAGUCCCGAUUGCCAAAAAGGAGUUGAUUGCUCUUGGCAUCAGGCAGAUCUGGACCCAGAAGACCACAGAAAGCAGAAAUAUGGCAACAAAGGAAAAGCUUCAGUGCUUGAAAGAUUUCCACAAGGACAUCCUCAAACCUUCCCCCGGCAAGAGCCCAGGGACACGGCCUGAGGACGAGGCAGAAGGAAAGCCACCCCAGCGGGAGAAGUGGGCGAGCAAGAUUGACUUUCUGCUGUCCGUGGCUGGGGGAUUCAUUGGUUUAGGCAACGUCUGGCGGUUUCCGUAUCUCUGCUACAAGAACGGCGGAGGUGCAUUUCUUAUACCUUAUUUCAUUUUCCUGUUUGGGGGAGGUCUUCCCGUGUUUUUCCUGGAGGUGGUGCUAGGACAGUAUACCUCUGAAGGUGGAAUUACAUGCUGGGAAAAGAUCUGCCCUAUUUUCACUGGAAUUGGUUAUGCUUCCAUAGUGAUUGUGUCCCUUCUGAACGUGUACUACAUCGUGAUCCUGGCCUGGGGACUUUACUACCUGUUCCAGUCGUUCCAGAGCGUCCUGCCAUGGGCACACUGCCACCAGAAGUGGAACACGCCGACCUGUGUGGAAGACACUCUCAGGAAGAACAAAACACUCUGGAUAUCACUGAAUGCCACUAACUUCACCUCUCCUGUCACAGAGUUUUGGGAGCGCAAUGUACUGAGCUUGUCCUCAGGAAUUGAAGAUAUUGGUAUUAUCAAGUGGGAUCUAGCACUGUGUCUUCUCCUUGUCUGGGUGAUAUGUUUCUUCUGCAUUUGGAAAGGAGUCAAAUCCACUGGGAAAGUAGUGUACAUCACUGCCACAUUCCCAUUCAUCAUGCUCCUUGUUCUGCUCAUCCGUGGUGUGACCCUGCCUGGAGCUGCAGAAGGCAUCAAGUUUUAUCUUUAUCCUGAUAUCUCACGGUUAGCUGACCCACAGGUCUGGAUAGAUGCAGGGACACAAAUCUUCUUCUCAUAUGCAAUCUGCUUAGGAGCAAUGACUUCCCUGGGGAGCUACAACAAGUACAAAUACAACUGCUAUAGGGACUGUUUGCUGCUGGGAUGCCUGAACAGUGGUACCAGUUUUGUGUCUGGCUUCGCAAUUUUUUCCGUCCUGGGCUUCAUGGCACAAGAGCAAGGGGUGAACAUUGCUGAUGUGGCAGAGUCAGGUCCAGGCCUGGCCUUCAUUGCCUACCCAAAAGCUGUGUCCAUGAUGCCACUGCCCACCUUUUGGGCAAUCCUUUUUUUUAUUAUGCUUCUGUUGCUUGGACUGGAUAGCCAGUUUGUUGAAGUUGAAGGACAGAUCACGUCAUUAGUUGAUCUGCACCCAUCCUUCCUAAGGAAGGGUUACCGACGGGAAAUCUUCAUCGCUAUAGUAUGUUUCCUUAGCUAUCUUCUGGGACUAACUAUGGUGACUGAGGGUGGCAUGUAUGUUUUUCAACUCUUUGACUACUAUGCAGCUAGUGGUGUAUGCCUUUUGUGGGUUGCAUUCUUUGAAUGUAUUGCUGUAGCCUGGGUUUAUGGCGCUGAUAAUAUUUAUGAUGCCAUUGAGGAUAUGAUUGGAUACAGACCUGGUCCCUGGAUGAAAUGGAGCUGGAUUGUGAUCACACCAGUUCUUUGUGUGGGGUGCUUUAUCUUUUCUUUGGCCAAGUACAAACCACUGACCUACAACAAGGUCUACACGUACCCAGACUGGGCAAUUGGGCUGGGCUGGGUUCUUGCCCUUUCCUCCAUGAUCUGCAUCCCUAUGGUGAUGGUCAUCCGCAUCAUACAGUCAGAUGGGUCGCUUAUUGAGAGGAUAAAAGCAGUGGCUGCCCCCAAGGAAGUGAAUCGGUGGUCCAAAGAAACAGAGAGUGGCACCCCCUUCUGCCCCAAUGGAACUUCAAAUGGUGGAUUGAUCAAGCCAACUCAUAUCAUUGUGGAAACCAUGAUGUGAGCUCUCUCUGUGAGAGGAUAAACCUGCUUUAACUGCCGUUUACUAACCAUAGAUUCUCAUAGGACCAGGUUUACAGAGCUUUAUAUUUGCACUAGGAUUUAUUUUUAUUUCUCACAGAGAAAGUUAUUUUUUGUGUGUGGUUUUUCUUUUUGUUGUUGUUGUUUUGUUGUUUUGGUUUGGUUUUUUAAUAUUUUGUAAGGUAAUCACAGCAGAUGUCUCUCUGUAGAGGGAGAGCUUUCAUAUCAGACUAGACAUAUUACAGGAAUUUACUAUUAUUGGGGUUUUUUUAAAUAUAUAUAUAUAUAUCUUUUAUCUCUAAAUAUUAUACAUCUUAGCACUUGAAUUGAUUGUCUUGCCAGCAAUACAUUCAAGUCUCAGAAAGCAAUUUUAGGUGCUGGUAUGGUUGGGAGCAGGGUAACCUACAGAACACACAGAAGGAGCUCUGUUGAGAGAGAUGGUUGAUAAAACAAACAAACCAAAAGAUGCUAUUUCUAGAGAAUUUUCAAAGGUGUAGUAUUUCCACCCUCUGGUUCAGUUGUGGUAAACGACAGGUUUUCAGGGUCACACCAGGGAAAGGGUACAGCUAUCUUUAGCACAGUCCCUGAAUACAGAUACAGGCAGGCAGCUGGAGCAGAGAGUUUGCAAGGGAGGCAGAGAAGUUGGCUGUGAAGAGCCUCGCAGCCAUCCCUUCCAAACAGACCACUGGGACCCUGUCACACAGAGAGGAGGACUUUAGGGAAGGCAUUUGCAGAAUUUGGCAUGGUCCACUCUUUUAAUUCAUUCUAUUUUUAUUUUUCAGUGGGUUUUUUUAGGGGUUUGGUGUUUGUGUUUGGUUGUUUUAUUUUUUACUUCAGUGAGCAGAGAGCUUGAGUACCUGCUCCUGAGUUUUCCAGCAAAGCAUCUAUUAGUGUGGUGGUGACGCUAGUGUAAACCUGAUUUCUUCAAACUGGGAGGGGGCAACCUGUCCCUGGGGUAGCAGAGACAAGUGCUGAGGAGCUGAGAGGGAGAAGCAGCACCUGCCUUUGGGUGCUGCAGAUGUUCACUUGCUCAUUCAUUUGCAUGCUAAUUGUUGGACUUUGGUGUCAGGCAGCAAAAUGAAAGAAUCCCUUCUGACCAUCCAAACGUGAACACAAACCAGGUCAUCCUCGAUGGGAGGGACAAACCUGUUCACCUACACCUGGUGUAACCAGUAAGAGACACACUGUUAAUAAUAAUAGCAAUCCAGAUAAUAAUAUUACUCAGCAAACGUGCUUUUCAGACACAUGUCUCAAAAAUGUUUUGCCAAGUUCAGUAACCAGGAUUUGCUUUAUUUAUUUGUUUGGAGGGUGUUCAUUGCUGUUAGGAGAACAGACAAAAGGACUAAGUUCUUUGUCCCAUGUUCCUACAUAGCAGCAGUGGAUAUAGGGCCCACAGUCUUCUUGGCCAUCAUUGGGUUGAGCCAUAAUUGUUUGGGGGUUUUUUCUUAGGGGAGGGUGGAGGGAUGCAGACAUAUUUAUAAGGCAUAUGAGUCUUACCUGCUGAAGAAACAGGGCUUUCAGGAUCUUAAGUUAAAACAAAGGGAUCAUGUAACACUGAAAUAUCUUGUGUCUGGUCAGAAGAAAUUCUGUACUGUUUCAGAUUAGAGUGGGGAGUGAAACCACUCUAAACUGGUGAAAACACUACAAGGAGUGUAGAUACGGGGGUUCCAUUUCAUGUGGGCCAGGUGGAUGUUUCUAUGGGGAAUUGCUCCCUGAAAAUUGUCCAAAACGUAGACAAAAGCCUUUAAAAGAAAAACCAAAACAAAAACUUGAUCAGGUUGUGCUGGGAACAGAUUCUCUGGCAAAAUUCAGCCUUUUCUUGUGGGCAUUGUAUUAGAGGAAGAGGUUUGGUUUGGGUCUGUUUU